AUGUCGCAGGGUCCUCUCUACAUUGGGUUUGACCUAUCCACCCAGCAACUGAAAGGGCUGGUGGUGAACUCCGAGCUCAAGGUCGUGCACCUGGCCAAAUUCGACUUCGACGCCGACUCGACCGGCUUCCCGAUCCAAAAAGGCGUCUUGACGAACGAAGCGGAGCACGAAGUGUUUGCUCCGGUCGCACUGUGGCUGCAAGCCUUGGAUGGUGUCUUGCAGAGUUUGCGCUCGCAAGGCCUGGAUUUUCGCCGUGUGAAGGGAGUCAGCGGGGCGGGACAGCAGCACGGCAGUGUCUACUGGGGCGACGAUGCGGAGCAACUCCUCCGCAAUCUCGAUCCGGCCAAGUCGCUGGAGGACCAACUGAAGCAGGCAUUUUCACACCCGUACAGUCCCAAUUGGCAGGAUUCGAGCACCCAGCAGGAGUGUGACGAGUUUGACGCGAUUCUUGGAGGGCCCGAGCAGCUAGCGCAGGCCACGGGAAGUAAAGCGCACCAUAGGUUCACAGGGCCUCAAAUCCUCCGGUUCCAGAGAAAAUACCCCGAGGUGUACCGGAAGACGUCAAGGAUCUCACUGGUUUCCUCCUUCCUCGCAUCGCUCUUCCUGGGCCAUGUGGCCCCCUUUGACAUUUCUGAUGUCUGUGGGAUGAAUUUGUGGAACAUCAAGGAUGGCGCCUAUGACGACCGCCUCCUUCAGCUUUGUGCAGGCACAUUUGGGGUCGAGGAUCUCAAGCAAAAGCUCGGGGCAGUGCCAGAGGAUGGAGGCCUGCACCUGGGCUCGGUUCACCCAUACUUCGUGGAGCGGUUUGGCUUCAGUCCCGAAUGCACCGUUAUUCCGUCGACGGGCGACAACCCGGCGACCAUUCUUGCGCUGCCGUUGCGGCCAUCUGAUGCCAUGGUGUCGCUCGGCACCUCGACCACCUUCCUCAUGUCCACUCCGAGCUACAAAACCGACCCUGCUACGCACUUUUUCGAUCACCCAACGACUCCCGGAUUGUACAUGUUCAUGCUCUGUUACAAGAACGGUGGCCUGGCCCGCGAGCAGGUCCGAGACGCCAUCAAUCAGGCCCUGAAAGACGCUCCUGCCGAUGUCUGGGCUCACUUUGAUAAGAUCUCGCUGGAAACUCCUCCAUUGGGCCAGCGGGGCUCAACGGAUCCGAUGAAACUGGGCUUGUUCUUCCCGCGGCACGAGAUUGUUCCCAACAUUCGCUCGGGACAAUGGCGCUUCACCUACAACCCAAGCUCCGGAGCCCUGCAGGAGACGACCGAAGGAUGGAACACCCCACAGGAUGAAGCGCGCGCCAUCAUCGAGAGCCAGAUGCUCUCGUUGCGUCUGCGUUCUCGAGGCCUCACACAAAGCCCCGGAGAUGGAAUGCCCGCUCAGCCGCGGCGGGUCUACCUCGUCGGAGGCGGGUCCAAGAACAAAGCCAUUGCCAAGGUGGCCGGGGAGAUCCUCGGUGGGGUUGAAGGCGUGUACAAACUUGAUGUCGGUGACAACGCCUGUGCCUUGGGUGCAGCAUAUAAAGCCGUCUGGGGCAUCGAGCGCCAGCCUGGUCAGACCUUUGAGAACCUGGUCGGGCAGCGGUGGAAUGAAGACCAGUUCAUUGAAAAGAUUGCGGACGGGUACCAAAAAGGAGUGUUUGAGCAGUACGGCAAGGCCGUCGAGGGAUUUGAGAAGAUGGAACACCAGGUUCUGCACCAUUCACUUCUUGGCGAGGACCCAGGCACCGAAACCCGAUUACGAUACUGGAAUGAUAUCUCCACCGAAACCAAUUUUGAUUCAACACACAUCCUCCUCGCUUUCUCUCCCUCCUUCCACACUCCGAAGGGAAGAUCGGCUGCAAGCGCCAUUGAGAUCGCCUGGAAUCCGUCCUCCGACCAAGCCCUGAAAUCGCAAGCCUUCGACUACCUAAAUCAACUCCGCUCCAACCCUUCCGGAUGGCAGGUCUGCCUGGCCCUCUUUACUCAAACUCCCCAGCAGCCCGAGAUCGUACGGCAUGUGAGCCUGGAGAUUGUCAAUAGUGCCGCUCAGGCUGGCUUGAUCGAUCUAGCCUCGCUGGGGAUCGUGCGAGAUGGGUUGCUGUCCUACAUCCGGCAGGUGUACGGACCCGACGGGGCCGCCACUCCCGAUGCGCCCUACAUUCAGAACAAAAUCGCUCAGACCAUUACCUUCCUGUUUUCGGCGCUUUACGCUAGUGGCUGGGAGACUUGCAUUGACGAUCUAUUGGCGUUGACCUAUAAGUCCGCGGCGAGCUCGUCUCGUGACAACCCGCUGGGAAUUGUGUUCUAUUUGCGAGUAGUGAAUUCGAUUCACGAGGAGAUUGGUGAUGUCCUGGUUUCGCGGUCCCGCGUGGAACAAGACAAGGCAAAUGCCCUCAAGGAUCUAAUUCGGCAGAGGGACAUGCAGAAGAUCGCCGGUUCUUGGCAAGAGAUUUUGUCGGAAUGGCGGGAUGGCGACGAUGUCCUUUUGGAGAUGUGUUUGAAGGCAGUCGGAAGCUGGGUGAGCUGGAUUGAUAUUGGUCUUGUUGUGAACCAAACCAUGCUGGACUUGCUGUUCCAGCAGCUCGGGCGGGCCGAGAAACAGGAACUUCGAGAGGGAGAGCAACGCGUGCGUGAUGCAGCAGUGGAUGUCUUCACAGAGAUUAUUGGCAAGAAGAUGAAGCCCGCAGACAAGAUCGAAAUGAUUGUGUUCUUGAAUCUCGACGCGAUUGUUACCCAGCUGUCGAACAGCCCCCCUCUGCACGAGAACCGAUUCACCUCCAAAUACGACACCGAUCUGGCGGAGACCGUGGCCAAGCUCGUCAACAUUACGGUCGUGGACAUUGUGCGAGUAUUGGAAACUGAACCUGGGCCUAUCAAGGAGAAAGCAGAUAAUCUUCUGCAGGUCUUUUUGCCGCACAUCCUGCGAUAUUUCUCGGAUGAGUACGACGAAAUCUGCUCGACCGUGAUUCCCUGCGUUAAUGACAUGCUCACCUACUUCCGGAAACUCUCCAAGAGCAACCCAUCUUCAGAAGAGCAGAACAAGGCCAUCCUGCUUCCGAUUCUGAAGGCGAUCGUAGCCAAGAUGCGGUACGAUGAGACCUCGAAUUGGGGAGAUGAAGAUGAGCAGACCGAUGAAGCAGAGUUUCAGGAACUGCGGAAGAGACUCGGCGUGUUGCAGCAAAUCAUCGCAUUGGCCGACGAGCAGCUUUACAUUGACGCAAUCUCCGAGGUGGUGGGGACGACGUUCGGGAAUCUCCAGGCAUCCGGGGGCCAAAUUGACUGGCGUGACCUGGAUCUGGCGCUGCAUGAGAUGUUCUUAUUUGGUGACUUGGCCGUCAAGGGUGGCGGUCUGUACGUGAAGAGCGCUCCUAGCGGCAAUGCUGCCAUUCGACUGAUUGAGAUGAUGCUUCGAAUGGUGGAGUCCGAUAUCCGGUCCUUCACUCAUCCUGCUACACAACUUCAGUAUAUGGAAAUCUGUGUUCGCUACAGCACGUUCUUCCACCACCACACCCAUCUCAUUCCGGGUGUCUUAGGAAGCUUUUUGCAGCUUGUUCACCACCCCAUCCGAAAAGUGAAAACUCGCUCCUGGUAUCUUUUCCAGCGGCUCGUGAAGCAGCUACGCAUGCAGAUCGGCAACGUGGCGCAGACCGUCGUUGAAGCGUUGGGUGAUUUGUUGGUCAUCCAGGCGGAGGUGCCCUCUGAGGGUGAUGAAGGCGACGAGAUGUCGUCAGAAGACCACGAGGGCUCCGCCGAUGCUGUGUUCAACAGUCAACUUUACUUAUUCGAGGCUGUCGGAAUCAUCUGUUCUACCCAGGGAAUCUCGGCCGACAAGCAAGUGCUCUACGCGCAAUCGGUGCUGAACCCGAUUUUCGCGGAUAUGGAACGGAACCUCAACGCCGCCAAGUCCAACGACGAGCGGGCCGUGUUGCAAAUUCACCACGACAUCAUGGCCCUGGGCACUCUCGCCCGAGGGUUUUCCGACUGGGUGCCGGGCACGAGCAGCCCAGCCAGCCUUCCGGCUCCAGAGGUUUCGGAGGCCUUUGGCCAGGUAUCCGAGGCAACUAUGGUUGCUCUCGAGUCCCUCAAGGGGUCAUUCAAUGUCCGGACGGCCGCUCGCUUCGCCUUCUCGCGGCUGGUCGGGGUUUUGGGCUCGCGAAUCCUUCCUCAACUACCCCGGUGGAUCGACGGGUUACUGACUCAAACGUCCUCGCGCGACGAGAUGGCGUUGUUCCUGCGUCUUUUGGACCAGGUUAUCUUUGGUUUCAAGGGCGAAAUCUACAGCAUUCUCGACACACUCCUGACCCCCUUCUUGCAGCGCGUAUUCUCCGGAAUUGCGGACCCUACGACGGGCACUGAUGAUGAGAUUCAGCUGGCAGAGCUUAAGCGGGAAUACUUGAAUUUCUUACUGGCCGUUUUAAGCAACGACCUUGGGGCAGUCAUCAUCAGCGAGAGUGAGUUUGACUUUUUCAUCCUUUCUAUUUUCGUAUCCUAUACUCAUCCCCGCAUAGGAAACCAACCUCUUUUCGAGACCGUCAUCACUACCAUUGAGCAUUUUGCCAAAGACAUUGAAGACUUCACCACAGCCAAGAUGGCGUUUUCCGUGCUGUGUCGCAUGGGCAGUUCCUGGGGUGGACCUGACAUUGCUCCCGGGGUUGUCAACGGCACAGCGCCCACCCAGACCCAAACCGCGCUCCCAGGCUUCGGCAGGUUCAUGAUCACGCGGUUCUCUCCCCUGUGCUGGGCCCUCCCUGCAACUCCAUCCUUCAAUCCCAAGGACGCACAGGCCAAGCAAGUACUGGCUGAAUCUGGCGCAUUGCAGCGCACCAUCUACUUCAAGACGGGCAUGGAGUAUGCGGAUUACUUGCGAACCCGUGAAUUGCCCGAGAUGGGCAUGGGCCCGGAGCUCAUCGAAGAGUUUCUGACUGCAUUGAGCCAGCUGGACGUGAAAGGAUUCCGGCAAUUCUUCCCGGUAGGUUUCCCUCCCAAUCCUGACCGUGUCGAGUUAUCUUUAGAGACUAACGAGGCUGUGUGUAGUCCUUCAUCCAACGAUUGA